AAUUGAGACACGAGAGUGUGUGUGUGUGUGUGUGUGUGUGUGUGCGGCGAGAAUAAAGUUGGUGGAUAAUUCGUAUGAAUGGGCCCAUUCACGUCAGUGACUCUGGCGUGGGCGCUCGAGGUGGCGCCCUGCGCCGAGGGUCCGCCUCCGGGGCGCAAGGGGCCGCCCCCAGCAUGAACAGCGUCACCGCGACCCUCGUCUAUAUCUGCAGCAUCCGCACUCUCACCUGACACCAGCAUCGCCACCUGACGCACCGCUCGCUCAGCCCAAGCACUCUGACGGUUCUCCACAUGGACCGUGUGUCAGCCUCUGUGGCGGCUUGCUGCGUGCUGUUGGUCUUUCUGGUGCACUCGAGCGAGGCCACGGGACUGAAGGACCAGGCGUGGGAGCGGCCUGGCUGCCACAAAGUUGGCCACACUCGAAAAGUGGCCAUCCCUGACUGCGUCGAGUUCUACAUCACGACCCACGCCUGUCGCGGAUUCUGCGAGUCUUGGUCGGUGCCCUCUGAGAUGGAUACUGUGGUCGCGAACCCACACCAGGUGGUCACGUCGGUUGGGCAGUGCUGCAACAUCAUGGAAACUGAAGACGUGACUGCUGAGGUUUUGUGCAAAGACGGCAUCCGGAAUCUGGUGUUCAAGUCGGCGAAGAGCUGCUCCUGUUACCACUGCAAAAAGGAUUAAUUCACACCAAUCACCAUAUCGCUUUCCACAUUUUUGGUCUCGAUUAACUCAUUUCCUUGAUCGGCGCUGAAUGUCAAAGGCUGGGAUUGGUUUUCAGCGCUGCCUCUUAAAAAUAAUGUUCCUUCCAAUUUCAACUAUGUGCAUUCGGAUAUUUCUUGAUUAUCUCCCUACAUUUUAGUCAAUUAUUUUUUAAUAUGAGAACAACAAAAACAGAUCGGAAUGAAAAAAAAAUAAUAAAUGAGUUUGAGCGCGAUUGGUUUUGUAAAGGCGGAAGGAAAACUUGGUUCUCUGCACUUGGAAGUCGACGAGAAUGUUUGACCUGUGUGCCAACUAAUGAGGUUGAUUUCUCUGGAAAAUUGUGUAUAAAUUUAUUAAACUUGUACAAUAAAGGC